UGUAUAGUCGCAAAAGUUCGGUAUUAGUUGAAACGGUAAAAGUUACCAUUUUACUGCUCUGCUCAUUUUAUUACUUUGUUCUGUGCACAUUUUGCUCAAAUUUCCUCUGCGAAGUUUAUUUAAAUAUUUUUUGUGGUUAUAUCUAUUUGCAUUGAAACUUCAAAAUAUGUAAAUACAACAGCAAUUGUCAAUUAAUUACAAAUAAAAAUUUAUUUUGCCUUUUGAAAAAUUAAAAAAAAAACAAAACGAAUUCAAAAUUUUUGCAAGUUUCUGGAAAAUUCUUUAAAAAUGCAAUCGUUAGCAAAUUUUAAGUGCCACACUAACUGCAAACACAGCGAAUGUCUGCGCAAUGUUCCUUUGGGUAUCGUAGAUAAGUAUAACAACAGACAAUGUCUGAAACAAGACCUCAAUGGUUCUUCCAUGUUUCUUGAAAAUGUCCUGGAUUUGGCGCAUACCCUGGCUCAAAUUAUGAUUAUAUGUGGAAUUCAUGAGUGCAAGGCCAAGACAUCAGUGGACAUUAUCACCUAUUCCUUUCUGCAUUAUGACUUGGUAUGCUAUUGCUUGGGGGAAAAACCUUCAAAACGUUUAAGGAAAGAAGACAUUUUUCAUGAAUUGGGAAUCAAAUGCCUCAUGAAUCGUGUGGAGGCUCAUUUGACCUAUACAAUUAUCAAAAGGGGAUUUAAGGCAUUCUAUUAUACACCUCGGGAGGAGAAGUGCAAAACGUCGGAGAAACCCAACUUUUCCGAAGAAUGUCUCUAUGUUCAUGCUGCCAAGAAAACUGCUGAAUCCUAUGCCAAAUUCGAUGGUCUUAGCUGUGAUGAACAGCGUGGUGUGGAGGCCAAAAUCAAAGUGGCCUAUAAGAAAUUUUAUGAUCGUAUGCAAGCACGCAAGAUCAAACCAAGCAAGGCAGAUUGCAAUUGUUGUUUCUGUGCCAAGAACCGCGGACAUUUGAUCUAUGCCAAACCACCCGAAUGCAUAGCUGCCCAGCAACCCAAAAAGCCGCACUCCUGCCCUCAUUGCAUACCGAAACAAGCUAAGAAAUGUAUCCAUGGCAAAUCAAUCGAAGCCAAAUGUGCCACUUGCCAUAGAUCAAGAAAAUUUUGCUCUUGUCCCAAAUAUAACUACGAUAUACCAUGGGUGAAUAGUAUUUGGUCUAGACCGGAUAUGAAUUUGUAUUAUGUGGAACAUUUUGAAAAAGUGCCCGAAGUUACAGAGGCAGGAUGUCAUCCACAAGAGAAUGAGAGCAAUCAAGUUGUGGAAGAUAGUCCAGUAUAUCAAGAGGAAGAGCAAAAUAUCGAGGAGUUGAAUAAUCAAGAAAACACUACCGAUGAAUAAAUCUAAACGUAAAAUGAGGAAUUCGGCAUGAUGA